CAUCGCAUUUGCGCGCGGUUUAUUCUUGUCGGCAAAGGUUUCUGCUAUAAUCUACUAUAUUUCAUUGGACUUGCAUCACAUGUUUGCAGGUAUAUUAUUAUCCAAGCGAUGGAUAGAGUUAUAAAGAUGUCAGGGGAUGAGUGGAUGAAGCUAGUUCCUGUUGCCGUUGUCUCUGCUUUCGCAGCUUACUUGGCAUUCAAGACGUUUUCUCCACAGAAGAAGGACAUCGUCAAUCCUUCAAUCCAGAAGGAUAAAGAUAAAGUAGCUAGUGCUGUAGACAUUGAAGAUCUAGGGGAGAAAGGCGUGUUUUGUAGAUGCUGGAGAUCGUCGAAGUUUCCAUACUGUGAUGGCUCACACAAUUCCCACAACAAAGCCACUGGUGAUAAUGUUGGACCACUCAUUGUCAACUGCAAAAAGGCAGCCUAAAUUUGCAAUGAUUCUACACCUGAAAUGUACACCAAACGUCUGUAACAAUUAUGUGAAAAUUAAAACAUGAAUUUUUUUCCAAAAGUACUGAUAUGGUAUCCUGCAUAUAUAUCAAAAAAUGAUUGCUAAGUACCAUAUGCCACAUCAAUACCCCAGACUUCAAAAUUAAGCCCUUUUUCUGCAAAUAAUGGCAACAAGUCCAAAAAAUCUCAUCUAAGUUUUUAAUGUUAUUUCACUGGCACUGUUGUUUAUGCCAUAUUUGUUGGACUUGCCAUUUGAAAAUUUGUAUCAGGUUUCAGAAACUUGAGCAGACAAAAAGUCAUUGUUUGAUUUGUGAAUUAUACCAGAAUGAUUGGCUCAAGUAGUUUUGUUUUUAGUAGUAAUAACACACCUGGUGUCAAAAUGAAUAAAUAUUUUUGAUUUAAUUUUUCCUUUUUUCACAUUUCAUAAUAUAAAGUAUAAUUAUGCAAGCACUG